CAUUAUCCUCCCUCCAUAUGCACUUAUCUUUCUUGCUUCCAUCGCAGAGAGGCCUACUAAUCAAGUGCCUUCGGAGUCCAUAUCAAAUCCUUCUACAGCUUCAAACCCCUCAAUUUAUCAAUUUUCCACAAACAGUUAAAAAUGGCUGAUACUGUCACCGUUGACAUUGAUGAGAUGCUUAAUAACCCGCCUUCUACACCUUCAAAACCCAUAAUGUUUAGAGUUGGUGAUCAUUUACGCAGCAUAAACCCAGAGGCUUAUGAUCCAGAAAUAAUAGCCAUUGGCCCAUUUCACCACGAUAAACCUCACUUGCAGAGCAUGGAGCAACACAAACUCAGGUAUCUAAGGCUGCUUCUUCAAAGAAGAGAAGAGCCGAGUGUGGAAAGAUAUGUUACCGAAAUAAGACCAUUUGAAGACAGGGCCCGGAAAUGUUAUGCUGAAGCAAUCUGCCCUAAUAGAGCUGACUUUGUGAAAAUGUUGAUUCUUGAUGGUUGUUUUAUCAUCGAAUUUCUCCGUAAGUUUCAACACCCAGAAUAUAGAGAUGAAAAUGACCGCAUUUUCCAGUAUGUGCAUGUAGUGGGCCAUUUGCUUCAUGAUCUAAUGGUAUCAGAGAAUCAGAUCCCAUUUUUCAUCAUUGAUCAAUUGUUCAACAUGAUCAAGAUCAAUGAUGAAGACAACGUCGAAUCUCUAAUAUCGCCUUUACUAGGAAAUAGCAUUUUACCGGCGCAAGAUCUUCCUGAAGUCCCUGUUAAUGGUCACCAUCUUCUUGGCAUUGUACAUGACAUCCAGUGUUCUUCAUUUGCAAGGAUAUUCCGUAAUGUGGAAUCUGGAGAUCCACAUAACAUGGCGAAUAUAAAUUCAGCUGUAGAGCUCAAAGAGGCUGGGAUUUCGUUCAAAAAGUCUGAAGAAUCAUUGUUCCGAAAUCUGAUUGCCUAUGAGCACUACCUCACAGGCAGUCCUCAAAAAUAUGUGACGGACUAUGUAUUCCUUUUGCAUUGUCUCGUCCAUUCCCCUGAGGAUGCAAAAUUGUUGCGCCGUUGUGGAAUCAUUAGCAACUUUUCGGGGAGCGAUGAAGUGGUUUAUCAUGUAAUCAACCAGCUAGGCAAGAAUAUCAUAAUUUCUAAUAAUUUUUCGUAUUCCAAUAUUUUCUGCAAAGUGAAACGUUAUUGUGACCGCCCAUGGAAUUUACGGAUGGCAACAUUAAGGCGAGAUUAUUUCAGCAGUCCAUGGGCACUCAUUUCAGUCCUUGCUGCCACUAUCUUGCUUGUGCUUGCCAUCACACAGACUACAUUUGCUAUUCUCUCAUUCCGCAACGAUCUCAAGGGGAACUGAUUCUAAAUGUUUGAAACUCGCAACAAUGUAUGGUAACUCAAAUUACUAUUAAAUUUAAGGAUGAUAUAGAGCUCAUUAUAUCCUGAAUCAUAAUAGAGUUUGAAUUUAUAUGAUUGUCUGUACGAUGAAUGAAUGUUACAAAAUACUGAUUCAGCCCUAUCCUACUGAGUUCUAGUGUAAGCAGCAGUACUAGACAAUGUUUCUCUUUAGUUAUCCUAAGCAGAUCUUGAAUGUUUUUCUUUA